AUGGGUUGGCUAUGGUCUUCAACACCUCCCAGCGAGGGCAAGUCAGCUGCGCCUGUCAAAGAGGCUCCUUCUGUCACAUCAAUAUCAACGACCGCAACCACAACUUCAGACCCUUCAACAUCAGCCCCAUCCAAUUCCAAUACCGAUCCCGAAAUCCAAAAGUUCAUCGACCUAUUUGAAGCUGAGAAGAACGCAAAGCCCUCCGCAACAGAAGACCAACAACAACAAAAUUCCUCCUCUUCCAAAUUGCCAUCGUGGCUCUCUCUCAAGAAAUCCACACGCUCAUCCACCCCUACACCCGCCGAUAUUCCUCCCCGCGACGCCCUCUCCGAAGCCCUGCUCCCUACGGACAUGUCUUGUCGUCAGGCUUUCGACCAAGCAUGGGCAUGCAACUCUAUGGGUGGACAAUUCAAUGCUGUGUAUCGCUACGGUGAGAUGAGGUCAUGCAGUGAGCAUUGGGAUGACUUCUGGUUCUGCAUGCGUACCAAGAGUUACUCUCCUGAGAUGCGGGAGAAGGCUAUCAGGGACUAUUAUCGUGCGAAAGAGUUUACAAAGUAUGGCCCUGGGAAACCGAGUAGUGAAGAUGUUUGGGAGAGUAGAGAGGGGAAGGUACCAGAAGGGACAGUAUUUAAUGAACCUGUUGAGCCACGAAAUUGA